AGCAGCAGGUCCGGCGGCGGCUGCCUGUGUGCCGGGCGCGGAGCAGUGCCGCUGAGGGCAGGGGAGGAGCGAGGCAGGCGGCCGGCUGCGGCGGCAGAGAGUAGGCGGAGCGGCGCGGCCCGGCCGAAAGGCGGCACAGCCCAGCCGGGGGUCGGGGGGGUGCGGUCCGGAGCCGCUCGGAGCCGGCGCGGCCUAGCCCGAGCGGCGCAUCCCCGGGCUGGCGUGAGCGGCUGCCCGGCCUCCCCGCACCCCCGGCCGGGGCCCAUGCGGCGGGUGCCCCUGCUGUGAGAAGCCCCGCCCGGCCGGGCUCCGCGCCUUCCCUUCCCUCCCUUCCUCCAAGCUUCUCGGUUCCCUCCCCUGAGAUACCGGCGCCAUGUCCAGCGCCCGGACCCCCCUACCCACGCUGAACGAGAGGGACACGGAGCAGCCCACCCUGGGACACCUCGACCCCAAGCCCAGCAGUAAGUCCAACAUGCUGCGGGGCCGCAACUCAGCCGCCUCUGCUGACGAGCAGCCCCACAUCGGCAACUACCGACUUCUUAAGACCAUCGGCAAGGGCAACUUUGCCAAGGUGAAGCUGGCCCGGCACAUCCUGACCGGGAAAGAGGUAGCUGUGAAGAUCAUUGACAAGACUCAACUAAACUCCUCCAGCCUCCAGAAGCUAUUCCGCGAAGUAAGAAUAAUGAAGGUUUUGAAUCACCCCAACAUAGUUAAGUUAUUUGAAGUGAUCGAGACUGAGAAAACUCUAUACCUUGUGAUGGAGUACGCCAGCGGAGGAGAGGUGUUUGACUACCUGGUGGCCCACGGCAGGAUGAAAGAAAAAGAGGCUCGAGCCAAAUUCCGCCAGAUAGUGUCUGCUGUGCAGUACUGCCACCAGAAGUUCAUUGUUCACAGAGACUUAAAGGCAGAAAACCUGCUCUUGGAUGCUGAUAUGAACAUCAAGAUUGCAGACUUUGGCUUCAGCAACGAAUUCACCUUUGGGAACAAGCUGGACACCUUCUGUGGCAGUCCCCCCUAUGCUGCCCCAGAGCUCUUCCAGGGCAAAAAAUACGACGGACCCGAGGUAGAUGUGUGGAGCCUGGGAGUCAUCCUGUAUACGCUGGUCAGCGGAUCCCUGCCUUUUGACGGACAGAACCUCAAGGAGCUACGGGAGCGGGUACUGAGGGGGAAAUACCGCAUUCCGUUCUACAUGUCCACGGACUGUGAAAACCUGCUUAAGAAAUUUCUCAUUCUCAACCCCAGCAAGAGAGGCACUUUAGAGCAAAUCAUGAAAGAUCGAUGGAUGAAUGUGGGUCACGAAGACGAUGAAUUAAAGCCUUACGUGGAGCCGCUCCCUGACUACAAGGACCCCCGGCGGACAGAAUUGAUGGUGUCCAUGGGUUACACGCGGGAGGAGAUCCAGGACUCGCUGGUGGGCCAGAGGUACAACGAGGUGAUGGCCACCUACCUGCUCCUGGGCUACAAGAGCUCCGAGUUGGAGGGCGACACCAUCACCUUGAAGCCCCGGCCUUCGGCCGAUCUGACCAACAGCAGUGCCCCUUCCCCCUCCCACAAGGUACAGCGUAGUGUCUCAGCCAACCCCAAGCAGCGGCGCUUCAGUGACCAGGCAGCUGGUCCUGCCAUUCCCACAUCUAAUUCCUACUCUAAGAAGACGCAGAGUAACAAUGCAGAGAAUAAGCGGCCUGAGGAAGACCGGGAGGCGGGGCGGAAGGCCAGCAGCACAGCCAAAGUGCCUGCCAGCCCCCUGCCUGGCCUGGAGAGGAAGAAGACCACCCCCACCCCUUCCACGAACAGCGUCCUCUCCACCAGCACAAAUCGAAGCAGGAAUUCCCCGCUUUUGGAGAGGGCCAGCCUUGGGCAGGCCUCCAUCCAGAACGGCAAAGACAGCCUAACCAUGCCAGGGUCCCGGGCCUCCACGGCUUCUGCUUCCGCCGCGGUCUCUGCGGCCCGGCCCCGCCAGCACCAGAAAUCCAUGUCGGCCUCCGUGCACCCCAACAAGGCCACUGGGCUGCCCCCCACGGACAGUAACUGUGAGGUGCCGCGGCCCAGCACAGCCCCCCAGCGUGUCCCUGUCGCCUCCCCCUCCGCCCACAACAUCAGCAGCAGUGGUGGAGCCCCAGACCGAACUAAUUUCCCCCGGGGUGUGUCCAGUCGAAGCACCUUCCACGCUGGACAGCUCCGGCAGGUCCGGGACCAGCAGAAUUUGCCCUACGGUGUGACCCCAGCCUCUCCCUCUGGCAAUAGCCAGGGCCGGCGGGGGGCCUCAGGGAGCAUCUUCAGCAAAUUCACUUCCAAGUUUGUACGCAGAAAUCUGUCUUUCAGGUUUGCCAGAAGGAACCUGAAUGAACCUGAAAGCAAAGACCGAGUGGAGACGCUCAGACCUCACGUGGUGGGCGGCGGAGGCAAUGACAAGGACAAAGAGGAGUUCCGGGAGGCCAAGCCGCGCUCUCUUCGCUUCACGUGGAGUAUGAAGACCACCAGCUCCAUGGAGCCCAACGAGAUGAUGCGGGAGAUCCGCAAGGUGCUGGACGCGAACAGCUGCCAGAGCGAGCUGCACGAGAAGUACAUGCUGCUGUGCAUGCACGGGGCGCCGGGCCACGAGAACUUCGUGCAGUGGGAGAUGGAGGUGUGCAAACUGCCGCGGCUCUCUCUCAACGGGGUCCGAUUCAAGCGGAUAUCGGGCACCUCCAUGGCCUUCAAAAACAUUGCCUCCAAAAUAGCCAACGAGCUCAAGCUUUAACGGGCUGCCGGGAGCCGGGGGGCGCCGGAGGCGGGCCGGCCGGACGGAGCUGCUGGGGCCGGGCUCCCACCCACCCGGGCGAGACUGCGGACGGGAUUGCCGUGUCUCCCCCUGCUGGCACUUCUCCCCUCCCGCCCUUCUUGGUUUUUUUUCUUCCAUGUUUGGGGGGGACAGGAGACGGUCCUUUCCCCCCAACAUUGACCCCUGCCCGGAAAGUCCCCCUUCCCCCCUCUCCCCCACAGGAGGCAAAGGAAGGGGAGGGGGUGGGGGGGCAGGGUCCCCCCUCGGUACUGCGGUUGCACAGAGUAUUUCGCCUAAACCAAGAAAUUUUUUAUUACCAAAAAGAAAAAAGAAAAAAAAAAAAUCCCAGCGGCCACCUUUCCUCCCUGCCCCAUUGGGACAGUCGAGACUGGAUCUGUGGGGUUUCCCGGGAGGGCGGCUCAGGGCUGGGACACUCAGGCAAGAGUGGUGGAGUUCCCUGUCAGGCCCUCCGCCAGGCCCACUUUGGGCUUCUCCCCUCUCCUUCCCCCCUUCCCCUCCAAGCAAACCACCAGAGGUGGCCUUCCCCUGACCUCAGGCCCCAGGGCUGGAGGCCUGGAUGGCCGGGCCAGGGGCCAGGGGCGGGGUGCUGCGCAGCCCUGAGGUGGGGGG